CUGUCCCACACACCCACGAUGCCACCCAAGCGAUCAAUUGGCGCUGCCGGAAGCAGAGGCAUGUCAUCUCGCACAGGGUCUUCUCGGGGAAGAAGCUCACGACAAGAGCCAAGGACCGCGAAACGUCCUAGACAACAGGCACAAUCCGCGCUCGCCUGGGGUGACGAUGAUCCAGACGCCGGAGAUUCAGACUCCGAGGACGGGGAUGGGGGCGGCGGUGCUGGAGCGGCGUUGAGCAAGGAGCGUAAAGAGGUUGAGGAGGCCAAGGAACAAGCGGAGGCGGAGGCUAGAGAGACGGCGGAGGAGAAACGGCUGCGUUUGGCCAGGGAUGUACUCAUGAAGCUGGACGCAGAGCAGCGAGAGAACCGAGAAGAGGGGACUGACGAGGAGGACGACGAUGCCCCUGGGGACUACAUUGGGGAUAGACUGGCACACGCUCGUCUCGAAGCAACCGGGCAGCUCUACAGAGAGGUGGCGAAAGGUCUGCAAGGUCAGCAGAUAUCACCAACGGCUGUACGGCAUAUGCGCGGGCACAAGCUGAGCCCGACAUGCGUGGUGCUGUCACCGGACGACACCACGGCUUUCUCGGGCAGCAAGGACAACUCGAUAAUACGGUGGGACGUUGAAACCGGCAAACGUGUCACCAUGCUACCCCACUGGCGUAAGCUUCCGGGGGGCAAGGUGCCUUCAGUCAAGGCGCACAGCAAAGAGGUUCUUACCCUUGCGGUCAGCGGGGAUGGUCGGUACUUGGCUUCCGGAGGCCGAGAUCGCCUCAUCAACGUGUGGGAUUGUCGUACCGACACCGUGGUGGAGACGUUCCGUGGCCACCAGGACACGGUAUCCUCUCUCGCGUUCCGGGCCAACAGCCUGGCGCUCUUUUCGGGGUCUCACGAUCGAUGCGUCAAGCAUUGGGAUCUCAACGAGAUGGGGUACGUGGAGACUAUGUUUGGUCAUCAGUCAGAGAUCAAUGCCAUUGAUUCGUGGCGUAAAGAGCGGCUUGUCACUGGAGGGCGCGAUCGCACGGUCCGACUAUGGAAAGUGCUGGAGGACAGCCACCUCGUGUUUCGCCCUGUUGGGGGAGGUAGCAUAGACUGCGUCAGGAUGCUCAACGAGGACUGGUUCACGACGGGGGGUGAAGAUGGGAGUCUCGCGCUUUGGUUCGCCAUGAAGAAGAAACCCGCGAUGCUGGUGCCGGCGGCGCACGGGUACAGCGCGGUGGGCAUCCCGCGGUGGAUUAGUGCAAUCGGCUGCCUCAAGCAGUCGGACCUCGUGGUCAGUGGCUCCAAUGACGGGUCGGUCCGACUGUGGCGUGCGGACGUUGAGGCGAGAUCUCUGGAGCAAGUGGCAUCUGUGCCGCUGGAAGGGUUUGUCAACGGGCUUGCUGUGUCUUCCACUGGCAAGUUCUUGGUAGCAGCGGUAGGGCAAGAGCAUCGACUCGGGCGGUGGGAGCACCAAAAGAAGGCUCGGAACGAAAUAUGUGUGGUGCCGCUCCCUUCCGGGGCGGAAGACGAGGUUGCCGUCGCGAUGGACACCGAGAGCGCGGAGGAAGACCAGGGUGAUAUUGACGGGGAGGAAGCCGGAUAG